AUGGAGGGAAAAGUACAAAGUUUUCUCCAUGGUACACUCGAAGCUACCAUCUUCCAUGCCACACCUUAUAUACCACCACCAUUCCCCUUCAAUUGCAUAUUUGGUAAUGGGAAGCCGGCAUAUGUGACCAUCAAGAUAGACAACAAGAAAGUAGCAAAAACAACCCAUGAACGUGACCGUGUUUGGAACCAAACCUUUCAAAUCCUAUGUGCUCAUUCAUCAGAUUCAACCAUUACUAUUACAAUGAAAACCAAAUGCACCAUCUUGGGGAAAUUUCAAAUCCGUGCUCAUCAGAUACUAAGUGAAGCAAGCUUUAUUAAUGGUAAUCUUCCUCUCCUAAUCGAAAGUGGGAAGCCAAAUCCAGAACUCAAGCUUCGGUUCAUGUUAUGGUUUAAGCCGGCAGAAUUUGAACCAAGUUGGGGGAAAAUGAUUAGUUAUGGAGAAUUCCAAGGGCUGAGGAAUGCAACAUUUCCACAGAGAUCAAAUAGUCAUGUCACGCUUUAUCAAGAUGCUCACCAUUGCUCAAGUUUCAAGCCUUCGCCGAAGCUUUGUGGGACUCCAAGAAGACUAUGGGAGGAUGUAUACAAAGCUAUUGAGGGUGCGGAGCAUUUGAUUUACAUUGCAGGCUGGUCUUUUAAUCCAAAAAUGGUCCUGGUCAGGGAUCCUCAAACAGCAAUCCCACAUGCAAGAGGAGUGAAGCUUGGUGAACUACUGAAACAGAAAGCUGAAGAAGGGGUGGCGGUGAGAAUUAUGCUUUGGGAUGAUGAAACAUCUUUACCACUUAUCAAGAACGAAGGAAUCAUGAAAACACAUGAUGAAGAUGCACUAGCCUACUUUUCACACACCAAAGUAGUAUGCAAAUUGUGCCCAAGGUUGCACAAUAAGUUCCCCACAAUCUUUUCUCACCAUCAGAAAACCAUAACAGUAGACACUAAAUGUAGCAUUAGUCCAAGGGAAAGAGAAAUUAUGAGCUUCAUUGGUGGCCUGGAUCUAUGUGAUGGGCGCUAUGACACCGAGCAACAUUCAUUGUUCCACACACUCAACACAGAAUCUCAUUGCAAUGAUUUCUACCAGACGAACAUUGCAGGCUUUAGCCUUCAGAAAGGAGGGCCAAGAACACCAUGGCACGAUGCUCAUGCAUGCAUAACCGGGGAGGCUGCUUGGGAUGUGCUAACGAAUUUCGAGCAACGAUGGAGUAAACAAUGUGAUUCUUCUGUAUUGGUUCCUGCUAGCACCUUAACAAACUUGAUUAGGCAGACUUACGCAAGUAAACCCUCCGAAAGAGGUUGGAAUGUUCAAGUUCUUAGAUCAAUUGACCACGUUUCGGCCUCCCAAUUGUUCCGAAAUUUGACCGUGGAGCAAAGCAUUCAUGAGGCAUAUGUCAAAGCAAUUAGAGGUGCUGAUAGGUUUAUCUACAUUGAGAACCAAUAUUUCAUAGGAGGCUGUGAUUUGUGGGAGAGAGACCAACACUGUGGGUGUAGAAACUUGAUUCCAAUUGAGAUUGCACUCAAGGUGGUGAAUAAGAUAAAAGCAAAGGAGAGGUUUGGGGUAUACAUAGUAAUACCAAUGUGGCCAGAAGGUCUACCUGAGAGUGAAUCAGUUCAGGAUAUACUUCAUUUGACUAGAGAAACAAUGUCAAUGAUGUAUAAGUUAGUAGGAGAAGCUAUCAAAGAAAGUGGGACUCAGGAGCACCCAAGGGACUAUUUGAACUUCUAUUGCCUUGCCAAUAGAGAAGUAGAGACCAAAGAAGACUUUGUUCCUCCACAUUCUCCUCACAGUGGAACACAGUACUGGAAUGCACAGAAGCAUAGGAGGUUCAUGGUGUAUGUUCACUCCAAGCUCAUGAUAGUGGACGAUGCAUACCUUAUCAUAGGAUCUGCAAACAUAAACCAAAGAUCAAUGGAUGGAAAGCGCGACACCGAGAUUGCUAUCGGAUGCUAUCAGACAAUCAAAGAUGGUGAUCAUGACAACAAGACUAUAAGGAUGUGCUCUGCAGGCGACAUUGGAGCAUACCGAAUGUCACUAUGGUACGAGCACACAGGCCGCGCUUUAGAGUUGUACAAACAACCUGAAAGCUUAGAAUGUGUGAAGACGGUGCGUCACAUCGGAGACCAGAUGUGGAAGACUUACAGCGGUGAAGAAGUGGUCGACAUGGAAGGUGUUCACCUUGUGACAUACCCUAUGAGUGUAACAAAGGACGGUGUUAUUGAGGAACUUGCGCAAGGAGGUGGUCAUUUUCCUGAUACAGAGAGUAUGGUCAAGGGCAAGAGAUCAAAAGUUUUACUGCCAAUAUUUACUACCUAGUCAGGUAUUGCUUGCUGACAACUUACAGUGGCAACUAACGUUUCUGAUGUGCUCCAGAUUUACUUUAUGGUCAGAUUAGUUGAUGCGACAAGUAAUUCUUUU